GGGAAGCCCGGCUCGCGGGCGCUGCGCUCUCCCUUUUCUUCCCCAAUGCUGCUGGCUUUCUUCCCCCCUUUCUCCUUGUUAGGCGGCGGAUCGGGUGGUUUCUGCCGGCGCUCAGUCUCGCUCUCCCGGGUGCAGGCGUGAGACUUGUCAGCGCGCAAGAGGGGGAAGAGCAAACCUGGCGCUGCAGGAAAGUCCGCUCCGCGGGCAGGGCAGCCGGCCGGGGAGACGGCUGCGUCCUGGGCAGCCUCCUCUAAGGCUCAACUUGAGCCUCGGUUUGUGGCAGCAGCGAAGGCGCUGAGCCCCGAAGUUCUGCAUCGUUUGCAGACAACUCUUUUGUUCGCGGAAGUUUACACCCGCCACCCCCGGGAUGCGGGUGCGCAGGGACGACUCCAAGGCUGCUCGACUGGCCCGAGAGGUGGCGAAGUGGGUUGUUGACUACUUUUGGCCAUUCCAAGAGGGCUUUGUCCCCAGACUGAGCAACUGAUGGGGAGCUGUUUCUGAUGACAUCACUCCCCGGGAUGCUCAGCUAUCACUAUUAAUCAAGUGUGCCCACCUGAAGAUGGCCUGUGCCCACCCUGGGAUGCAGCCCAGUGCCUGAGGUCCUUACCAUGGUGAUGAUCCUAAGGAGAAGCCUCAUCAUCCAGGGAGCUGACUCCAUAGCACACAGGACCUUCGUCCCUGAACUGCACACGCCAAAGAAGAUGAGUCAAGGACCUACCCUUCUCUCCUGUGGAAUUAUGGAAAAUGACAGAUGGCGAGACCUGGACAGAAAAUGCCCUCUUCAGAUUGACCAGCCAAGCGCCAGCAUCUGGGAGUGUCUGCCUGAGAAGUGUCAGGAUGGCUCCCUGUGGCACCAGGAGGCGGUGACUGCUUGUGCAGUGACCAGCCUAAUCAAAGACCUCAGCAUCAGUGACCACAACGGAAACCCCUCCGCUCCCCCCAGCAAACGCCAGUGCCGGUCACUCUCCUUCUCUGAUGAGAUGUCCAGCUGCCGGACGUCAUGGCGGCCCUUGGGGUCCAAAGUCUGGACUCCUGUGGAGAAGAGACGAUGCUACAGUGGGGGCAGCGUCCAGCGCUACUCCAACGGUGUCAGCCCCAUGCAGCGGAGCUCCAGCUUCAGCCUCCCUGCUCGGGCCAAUGGGCUCUCCUCGCCUUGCCACCAGUCCAGCCUGCACCAGCGCCUUGGGGGACAGCCCUGCCAAGGAGCACCAGGUUCAGCUCCCUGUGGACAGGUGGGCGAUGCCUGGAGCCCUGACCCACACCCUGCAGGAGGAGGCCGGCUGGACCUGCAGCGCUCCCUCUCUUGCUCACACGAGCAGUUUUCCUUCCCAGAAUACUGUCCCCCUUCAGCCAACAGCACACCUGCCUCAACGCCAGAGCUGGCAAGACGCUCCAGUGGGCUUGCCCGCAGCCGCUCCCAGCCGUGUGUCCUUAAUGACAAGAAGAUUGGCGUGAAACGGCGGCGUCCUGACGAAGGGCAGGAGCAAAGGCCUUCUCUAGACCUUGCCAAGAUGGCACAGAACUGUCAGACCUUCAGCAGCCUCAGUUGCCUGAGCAUGGGGGUGGAAGACCACAGCUCCCAGAGCCCCUUCGCCCUCGUCAGCAGUACCCGAUCCUGGACCGCAUUGCUCUCAGCCUCCAACCCAGGGGGCAGGACCCCUGCGGGGACCCCGGUUCCAGAGCCCGUUCCCCAUUCCUUCGAUGAUCACUUCCCCUGCCAGGAGGACCUGUCCUGUGAGGAGUCGGAUGGCUGCAGUCCAGAUGAGGACUGCUGCAGGAAGGGGGAGCCGGCCACAGCCUGGCAGGACCUUGGAGCCUGCACGAACAGCCUCUGCUCUCUGGAUGGCGAGCUGGACAUUGAGCAGAUAGAGAAGAACUGAGGGGGGCGGUGGGCGAGGCCCGGGGCAGAGGCUUUGCCAUGGAUGGGCCUUCCUCCAGGCCUUAGGUGGUCACUCCAAGGGGGAUCCUGGCUCCUGGGUUUGGAAAAAGCUUCCAAAAGGGAGCCCACCUACUUCCCAGGGAGCAGCGGUCACCCCACAGUGCCCAAAUUUGUGAAGGCAACUUGGCCAUACCUCCCAAGCGACAGCUGGCCUCCCACCAGUUCCAUGGAACUACUGUAGCCCAGGAACAGGUUUUUGGUUUGGUCUCCUCCUCUUUGCUCCUCAUGGAGUGUUGGGUAGCCAUUCUCCAGUAGGGCUGGGCCAGCUGCACCCCUCACGUCGGGUGCCGGGCCUGAGCCCGCUGUGGCCUCACUCAGGCUCCAUCUGGGGAGUUGCCCAAAGCCUCCUUUACUUAGUUUACUCCGUGCCUUCUCUCCCAGGUCUCCCUGCCCCAGGCUUGGGAAGGUUCGGGAGAUGCCUCUUGUAGUGACACCAGACCGUGUGGCCUUAAUCCAUUUGGGGCACUGUGCAGGGAUUCUGGGGAUAAUCCGUGUCCCAUUUUUCGGGACCAGGGGAUAGGUCAGGGAUGACCAGAAGCCAUCCAUACUGGGUAGGCAUUUGGUGGUUGUGUUGACUGAAAGGUGGGCCCAUGAGUUCUCCCAUGGCACCAAGAAUCACCCACACCUCUGCCAGCACAGGGCCUGCCUUGGCAAGGCUGGCACUGGCAGCCUUCCUACUGUCUCCAGUCCCUGAGGGCUGAAUUUGGUGGAUUCAGCCAAGUGUAGAGAUGUCAGUGACAAGAUGACCUCUUCAUAGUGUCCUCAGGAACUACAAGCAGGUGCAGGAGUCUCGGGCCUGUGUACAUUCCUGGGCAGAGGGAUGUCUGCUGGCUGCUUUGCAGGCUGGCCACUUUGCAGGCAUCUCUGUGUAUCGACCUAGGCUGGGGGCCCGCAGGUCUCCACAGCAUUCCUGGCACAUUGUUGCUUGUUCACAGACACUGCUGGCUUUAAUGAAGGUGUACCACCAUCGGCUUCAAGACACCCUCUCCCAGCCCACUGAAGGGAGCCUAGCCCUGAGGCUCUUCUCUGCAGGCCCAGCCACAGCAUGGCUUGAAUCACACUCCCCCUUGCAGUUCCUCACUCCCAGCAUAGUUCCCAGAGGGCAUCUGGUCAGGCAGCGCCCCCAGUCUCUCCUGCAGACAUGCUACAGGGCUGUGCAUUCUGGGACUCUGGCUUUUAGCAAACUUGGCACCUUCUGCAGACAAUAGCAAGUGGGCUGGCUUACACAAGUGGCUUGUUUUCCCAUAAGGCUAAAAAUAACUGGUGCAUUCUCUUGAGUUCAUGGACAUGUGAUCUAGGCCCUUUGGUAGUCACUCUGCUGUGCCUCUCCUCCAUGGUUGCACCCUCCACGGGUUAAGCCCAAAUGGUUCUUACCUUUCUCCUAAAGAAAGACCUUGAUGGGAACCUUUUGUUUAAACUUUAAUUUGUCAAUCCACCAGAAGGACGGAGGCGCAUGUUCUGAUGUAUAGGCAAUGUUUCUUUAAAAUCAGACCCAAGGGUACAGGAAGUUCCACUCCUGUAGCCCCAGGGUGGGCAGCAUGGUGGGUACAUGUGGUGGUGGUGGGAGACCAGUGGGACGCAGGGGGCACUGGAAAGCCAAAGUAGAAAGCUGGCGAAGGAGCCCUGCCUGGUGGGUCAUGGAGCCCCUAUUUUCUCUGAGCAAACCUGGAGGAAGGUAGUUGAGAGGGUGUGGGAAGCACACACCAGUGCCCUGUUCCCCAGAAAGCCCACAAGGAGAGGUUCUGGAUCUGGAGUUACCUCCCAGUCCCUAAAGCCACCCCUCCUAAGGAAGGCAGAGGCUGGACCUGGUUCUCCGGUCCUUUUCACACAGCCUGCAUAGAUCACUGGCCAGCUGUCUCUCCUGUGGACUGGGACCAGAGGCUCCUGGUGACAGGUGUGUCUCAAGGCUGUUGAAUGGGUGAUUUGUCUUGAGACCGUCUCCUGUAAGCCUGAUGGCUGAAGGACACCUUCAUCCUCCCUCCCUCUAGGGCACUGUUCCCUGGGCAGAGGAACUGCACCAAACCUAGGGUAGGGAUUGGCUCUUUCCAGCCUCCUCAGCCCCUCUGGACUGUCCCUGUCCCACUACGGUCUCAGUCCAAACCCCCAGCACAGUAGCCAGAGAAGAUGGCAGGAGCCUUUCUGCUUAGAGAAAGAAAUCUUCAUUUGCUUUCUGCCCUUCUUUUAAUUGAGCAAAGCAGGGCUCAUCUAGAAGGUACCCAUUUGUCUUUCAGCAGCCAUGCUGCCCAGACAGCCUCAGUCAUCUGCCCCGUUCACUGGCCCCCACACCUCUGGUCCUGGAUCUCUUGGAGGAAGGUUCCCUUGGGAGGUUCCCUCUGGCUCAGCCCCCGGCACUGUGGCUUCAGGACGGGCAACAGCAAAAGCCUCCCCUUCCUCAGCCUGCCUGUGAGUGCCAUUCCCCAAAAUAUGCUUGGCCACCCACUUGCCUAGGGAGCCCAAAGGUCCUGAGCAAGCUGUGGCUCUACCAGAGCCAACUAGGGAAGGGGACCAUCCAUUACGCUGCAUCCCUGCCCGCUCACUCCAAAAGCCACAGGACUGACAGGAGUUGCCCUCUGCAGGCGCCUGACCUGAGUUCAGGGUAGCGGCCUAGACAGUUUACAUGACUGCCCACGCUUGCCUUACUCAUGGGUGGUGAAGGGAGGACCCGGUCAGCACCCAUGGGCUUCCUCAUGUACAGGCCCAAGGAACUUGUUCUGCACACACAUGCAAAUGGGCAUUCAUUCUCAGAAAGCCUUACUUCAAUUUUUUUCUUUUGUAGUAGGAAAGUUUUCUAAAUUUGUAUGCAGAAAAAAAAGUUAAAUAAAAGAAAGGUCCAUAUUAAACAGGAAAUCCCCGCCCCACCCCCCAGUUUCCAGAUGGGUCUCCUAUGCAGAUAGAUGGCAGACUUUUUCUCGGGCUCAUUCAAGGUUCACAGCACUUAGAACUACCCCUGGAUCCUGCACCCCAUUUCCACUGACGUGGUUAAAAUUACUUGAAUGAUGGCCACUUAAAACGUAAGCCAGGAGCCAGGGCUCAGGGACCCUCUGCCCAUGCAGCCCACAAUGCUGUCCCUUGCCACAUCCAUGCUGCUGGUCAGGCCUCUAGAAAAAUAUUUUAAAACUGCAGACUGAUGGAGCUUCUGUAGCCUAGGUAGGAUAGCCUGACCUCCUAGCAUAGUCUCAUUGGCAAAUGAAUCGCAUUGUCAGUGUCGAGAGACGCCCAGGGGUCGGGGACAGACUGGCCUGCAGGCUGUGCUCGGGCCAUGUGUGCUGUCCCGGGCAGGUGGCAGCGGUGGUCCAGUUUCAGGUAGUGUGGUGACUGGUGUGGUGAGUCAGGCCCCCACCGAGGCAGCAGUCCGUGGGCAGCCCGUGCUGGGUCUUCUCACUAGUACCACACCCCGCUGCCUGCCCUCCCACACAGGCCGUGACUGCCUCGCACUACAGUCGCUGUAGUCUCAGGAAUUCGCUUGUUACUUUUACUGUGUAAAUAAAGCUUCCUGGUCCAACCCCCGGC